AGCGCAACGAGCGGCGACCUCUUCACACAAGAGCCAUCCACAGAGGAUGCGCUAAAGCGCACAGCUGCGCUCAUAUCCCGCCUCUCUCUCUCUCUCUCUCUCUCUCUCUCUCUCCCCCUCUCUCUGCGCCUUCAACCCGAAAGUGAGCAAGAGAAAUCAUGGUCAUCAUCACAAAAGAAAGCUCAAGCUGGGUGCCCAACAAGAGGCUCGAUCGGAGUUUUGGAUCAUCCUCGUGGAUGAACUGAAUGUGGAUCGAGUGGGAGUCAGCGCGGCGCACAGUUGCAUUGGAAGAAGUACAGAAGAAAAAGCGGAGCCGCGUGUGCGUGCGUGCGCGUGCGUGCGCGUGUUUUGAAAAGCGCAGCUCGGAGUGGGGGAUGUCGGGCAGAAGUGGAGGAGCGCCUCGGGGUUGCAGCAACCCCAGUCUGCAGCCCCUGAGGGCCACAAUCCCGUACCAGCUCCAGAGGGGCUCAGCUCUCCUCUGCAGGGAGGUCAAGACGGCCGACAGGAACACAGCUCGCCCGCCGAAACCCACCAUCCGCCGAACCCUGUCCCUGGACGCCAUCGUCGCUCCCUACCUGCAGGGACAUUGGCCCAAAGAGGCCGAGAUCCCGGCCAUUACCUGCGUCAAUGACAAAGCCACGCAGACUCCAAGUUCCUGGGCAGAGGAGACCCGAGGAAGGAGGAGCGGCGGCGGACACAAGCGCUCGGCCUCAUGGGGCAGCGCAGAGCACCUGAGGGAGGUUGCCAAGCUGAGGAACCAGCUGCAGAAGCGCUCCCGCCACGUCCCUCCCCCGGCAGGGCUCGAGCUACCCCAACACCCGCUGUCAGCGGGUCAGGCUGCAGGCAUCACUCAGACACUGCCUCUCAUGCCGCUGAACAGACUCGCCCCGCGUCUGCGACGCAGUGUUGAAGGCCUCAACUUGGAGCUGGAGGAGGCGUUUGUUUCGGAGAAACCUGAGGAUCAGCAUGAAAUUUUGGAUAUCCCAGAUGGCCACAGGGCCCCCGUCCCAGUGCAGAGAUGCAGCAGUGGCUCUCAGAGCGAGCCCUCCCCCGGCCCUUUGGAUCUGGACCCUUCCCUCUUCUCUCCUUCUCAGUCCCCCUGUCCUCUAGAUCCAUCGCUUCUGUAUCCCUCGAAUUCCCCUUCACCAUUGAACGCCUCGAUUUUGUCUCCGUCACAGUCCCCCUGUCCCAUGGGAGAGCCAGAACCGGCGGACUGUGAGGCGGCGUGUCCCGCUCCGACCACGCCGCUCCCUUCGUUUGCUCUGGAGCCUCCUCAGUUGCAGCCCUGCUCCUCCGGUCCUCGUCCCAGCAAAACCUACUCCUUCCAGCGCGAGCCGCCAGAAGGCUGCGAGCGAGUACGAGUGUGCGAGGAGGGAAUAUCUGCCCGUCAGGACGAGCCUCUCCUCCAGCCGUCCUGCCCUGACCCCAAUAAAGUUAACUUUACCCCCCACGGAGGCUCCGCUUUCUGCCCUGUCAGUCUCUUGAAGCCUCUUCUGCCCUCCAUGGACCUCCUCUUCCGUGGCCUGUCAGUCUCUCCGGUCACCGGCUGCCCCGGUCAGGCCUCUCCCACAAGGCACCUGGGCAUGCAGUAGAUGGACGUCUGAGCAGAGCCUCUUCUCAGGACUGACCCCCGUGGUACUGCCAGAACCCACUCAAACUGGAUAUGGUUAAUCUGCCAUCAGAUGCCUGUGGUCACAUGGCUCAUCACUGCUGCAUGGUCCAUGAUCACUUUGAUCAAAAUAUGAGACAUUGGGACUGAUACUUUAGAUAAACUUUAGCCUUUACCAGGCUGCUUCACUUAUUAUUUCCACUGUAAGGAAACGUUUUAGCUGAUAAUGUUGGAAAAUACUGAAAAGGUUUUACAGCUGAUUGAGUUUUGAUGCUGUUAAAACUUAUUAUUUUCUGUUUUAGUUAUGUGUCAGCGGUCCAAACAGAGACUGCCAUCUGCUAGUGAUGUUUUCUUCUUAAUGUCCAAAUAAGUGUAUUCAGAGUCAAAGAUCCAAGCACUUCUAUUAUUAGUCAAACAAAGAUUUGUUUGGUUUGAUUUUACGCUUUAUUUGAGUAGUUUAUGGGUUUGUUCCUUAAAUUUCAGAAAUUGUUUUGUUCAAUAGGUUUAUUUUUGGCCUAGAGUUCAAUUAUGGCCUGCUUUUCUACAGAUGUAAUUCAAGCAAGAUGUAUAAAUAUAUAUUUGUAUCUUUGUUAGGA